AUCACGUGGGAUAAACACUCCAUUUUUGUUCGUGGCGAACGAGUGAUGAUUUUCUCUGGCGAAUUUCACCCUUUCCGACUACCUGUUCCGGAUCUCUGGCUUGAUGUUUUUCAAAAAAUCAAGAGCAUGGGCUUCACAGGUGUAUCGUUUUACGUCAACUGGGGGCUAGUAGAGGCCAAUCCAGGCCAUGUCAUCACGAACGGAAUAUGGGAUCUUGAGAAAUUUUUUGAUGCUGCCACACAGGCAGGGAUAUAUCUCAUUGCUCGACCAGGACCAUAUAUUAACGCCGAAACAUCAGCAGGGGGGAUUCCAGGGUGGGUGCUACGAACAGAGCCCACCAUUCGUUCGAAUGAUCCUAGCUACCUCAAUAACACGAUCAAUUAUAUGACGACAGUGGGCCGAAUUAUUGAAAAAGCUCAGAUAACGCAUGGUGGCCCGGUAAUAAUGGUACAACCAGAAAAUGAGUAUUCUACUUGGCCCGGAGUGACAAGUUUCCCAACAGAAAUGAAUCGACAAUACAUGGAUUUCGUGAAAAAGCAACUACGUGAAGUUGGCAUCACCGUCCCGCUCAUCAUCAAUGAUAACGAAGUCAUGGGCUAUUGGGCCCCAGGAUCUGGUCUCGGGGCUGGUGAUAUCUACGGGAUCGAUGCCUAUCCUCUCCGUUAUGACUGUGCAAACCCCACUACGUGGCCAACUUACAGGUUCCCAUAUAACUGGCAGGUUAUUCACGAGCUGGAGAGCCCAAACACACCUUUCACAAUUGCAGAAUUCCAGGGCGGGUCAGGUGGCGGAUGGGGAGGAUUUGUUGAGGAGAAGUGUGCGGAGCUUGUGAAUGAGGAGGCAACCUUUGGUGGCACAAACUGGGGAAAUCUUGGCUACCAAGGUGGAUACACAUCAUACGAUUAUGGAGCAGCUAUUACGGAAGAACGAGGCAUCUGGCGCGAAAAAUUCAGCGAACAAAAACUGGAAGCAAAUUUUCUUAAAGUAUCGGAAGCAUAUUUGACAUCCACGCCCGGUGUAGGUAGAAAUGGUUCAUACGGAGCACCUUCCUCAAUUGCAAUCACCCCACUUCUUGGAAAUUUAACUUCAUCAAAUUUUUACGUGGUCAGACAUGCUGACUUCACUUUCACCGGAAAAACACACUACAAUAUCACACUACCAACUAGCACUGGAAAUGUCAGCAUACCCCAGCUUGGGGGCAGUUUGCUCUUGAACGGACGUGAUUCGAAAUUUCAUGUCACGGAUUAUGAUGUCGGCGGCAUCAAUAUAAUUUAUUCAUCAGCGGAAAUCUUUACUUGGGCACGAGGAGCUGGAUCGAUGCGUGUGCUAAUUUUAUAUGGCGGAGAGGGAGAAACACACGAGUUCGCAAUUUCUGAUCACCUUGGAGUCCCAAAUAUAUUACAAGGAAGCGGCGUGAAGAUCAAUCACCUUGGAAAUACAUGGGUGAUACACUGGCGGGUUGAAACAGAACGAGUUGUCAUUCGAUCGUCGAACCUGGAGAUAUACUUGGUUUGGAGGAACGAGGCUUACAACUACUGGUCGCUAGAACUACCCGCUCCCCAACCAGUUGGGAAUUUUUCGUCGCCUUCAAAGGAUACAGUUAUCGUGAAGGCUGGGUAUCUUAUUCGACACGCUCAAAUUUUUGAAGAUCAGCUUCGACUGACAGGCGACAUAAAUGCAACAACUGAGAUUGAGGUGAUCUCCACACCAUAUGGAAACUUGCAGAGCAUAUCGUUCAAUGGGAGGCUACUAGAGACAACGACAAAACCAACCGGAAAACUGUCUGCUACAGUCGGAUAUCAGGCCCCAAGGCUGGAAAUUCCACAGUUGUCAAAUUUGGAGUGGAGAUAUAUUGACUCCCUACCAGAAAUUCAACUUUCAUACGAUGAUUCUGUCUGGAAAAACUGCUCGAAUACAUUGACUAACAACCCCAGAGAGCUGAACACCCCGAACAGUCUCUAUGCUAUGGACUACGGUUUCCACACCGGCUCUUUGAUUUACCGUGGCCAUUUCAUGGCAAGCGGCAAAGAGUCCUACAUUUGGUUAAAUAUAUCCGGUGGCACAGGCUUCGGCUACUCAGUUUGGUUGGGAGCUGAUUACCUUGGAUCGUGGACUGGGAAUAGUGUGGACCAGACAUCAGAUCAAAAAUUCCUGAUAUCGAAGUCUCUGGCACCCCUGACACGUCAUGUUCUUACGGUUUUGAUAGAUGACAUGGGCCAGGACGAAGAAGCCCCAGGUACAGAUGCGAUCAAGUUUCCUAAAGGUAUACUGGACUAUGAGCUUUCUGGCCAUGACCAAUCAGAGGUUGUGUGGAAAAUGACUGGAAACCUCGGUGGAGAGCAAUAUUUUGAUGAAACCCGAGGUCCACUUAAUGAAGGCUCCAUGUAUGCCGAGAGGCAAGGGUAUCACUAUCCAAAACCACCAAGCUCCCAUUGGAAUAUCUCUAGUCCAAUUAAGGAAGGGAUUUCUAAGCCGGGUGUUCGAUUUUAUUCAACUCAUUUCCAACUCGAUAUCCCUGUCGGCUGGGACGUUCCAAUGAGUAUUGUUUUUAACGGAUCCAACAUUGAAAAUGAAACAACGAAGAACGAUGGAUCGAACUAUAGAUGCCAAAUAUUUAUCAACGGUUAUCAGUUUGGAAAAUAUAUUAACAAUCUUGGGCCCCAGGUCUCGUAUCCGAUCCCAGAAGGUAUUCUUAAUCACAAUGGUAUUAAUUAUAUUGGGUUGACGCUUUGGUCACAAGAUUUGACCGGGUCAAGGCUUGCAGGGCUAGAUUUGGUUUCAACGUUUACCAUCAAGUCUGGAUAUUCAAGACCCCGGCCUGCUCCGCAACCUUCCUGGGCCGCCCGAAAGGGAGCCUACUAG